GUCAGGCAGCCAGGGAAGACCAGUCUGUGACAGAGGCUCUGGGCGGGAGAUGACCAAAGAGGAUGUCCCGGUGCCAGAGUCUUCGGAGGGGGACUCUGACCUGGGCCGUCACAGCACAUUGUCCCACGGUGGUGUAGAGCACCCCACCAUCCACCAGGUGGCCUCGGCCCCCAUGCCCACUGACUGUGAGUUCUCCUUCUUUGACCCCGAGGAGCCCCAGUGCAGGGAGGUGCUGUUGGAGCCCAGCACCACUGUACCGGAGCUGUUCGCCGUACUCAGGCAGUGGGUGCCCCAGGUCCAGAAGAAUAUCAGCCUGAUCGGCAACGAGAUCCUAAAGAGGGGCUGUGGUGUGAACGACCGAGAUGGCUUGACAGACAUGAGCCUCCUGCACUACUGCUGCAAGGCGGGGGCACCCGGCAUAGGUGACGCAGACACGGCGGCCAGCUUCGCCCAGCAGCUCCUGUCCCUGGGGGCGGAGCCUGGUCUGCGGUCGCGCUGGACCAACAUGAAUGCCCUGCACUACGCCGCCUACUUCGAUGUGCCCCAGCUCAUCCGGGUGGUGCUGCAUGCCUCCCAGCCCGGGGAGGUAGACGCCACCUGCAGUGACUUUGACUUCGGCACGGCCCUACACAUUGCCGCCUCCAACCUGUGCACCUCUGCAGUCAAGUGUCUGCUGGAGCUGGGAGCUAACCCCGCCUUCAGGAAUGAGAGGGGCCAGUGCCCGGCCGACGUGGUGUCCGAGCCCUUGGACAUGCUCUUGGAGAUGGCGGACGCCGCCGUCCUGGCCAAGGAGCUGCGCAGCCUGCUGAGGAAGGCCCUGCCCCGGCCCUGCGCCCCCCUGCCCCUGACCCUCGCUGUCCGAGCACCAUCAGGCCUCUCUGACAAGGCUCGGGUCCAGCUCACCACCAUGGGCAUCCGGCUGGGCGACCGCGUGGUCAUCGCCGGUCAGAAGGUGGGCACUCUGCAGUUCUGUGGCAGCACCGAGUUCGCCGGCGGUCUUUGGGCCGGUGUGGAACUCGACCAAGCGGAGGGGAAGAACGACGGAUCCGUCGCUGGAGUCCAGUACUUUACCUGCCGCCUCAAACACGGGAUCUUUGCACCCCUGUCCAAGAUCAGCAAACCCUCGGAGCGAUGCAAAGCCAACCCACAGAGGAGCGCCACCCCCAUACAGCCCUCUCGGCGCAUCAACCUGUCACACGUCACCUCCAAGAUCAACACAGGUUCUCCAUCCUCCCAAAAAUCACCCGAUAAACCGAAAAGCUGCCCAGUUCCUGAACAGGGCACAGACGACACCCCUGAGGCCAAGACAGGUGCUCUCUCUCGUUCCUUCUCUUCCUCUUCGUCCUCCCUGGACUCCAGACAUGGCCUGACCGUGCGGCCUCGGCCAUUGCCGCGACAACGGCCUCCUGCAAGGCAGCGGCGAGAACGGCUCCACCCCAGCUCCAAAACCAUGCCCCCUCCGACCCGCUCAAAUCCCAGCCCUAGCCUCAUUGUACCCCGGAGCCGGACUCCCUCGGCCAGUAGCUCCAUGUGCGACGGGCCCGAGGUGCGCCUAGGGGAGAGGGUGUUGGUGGUGGGCCAGAGAACAGGGGUGGUCCGCUUCUACGGCAAGACCAACUUUGCCCCAGGGUUCUGGCUGGGGAUCGAGCUGGACAAGCCCAGCGGGAAGAACGAUGGCUCGGUCGGCGGGGUUAACUACUUCAGCUGCCCUCCCAAACACGGUGUCUUUGCCCCUCCAUCACGUGUACAGAGGAUCCAUGGCUCUAUGGAUUGUCUUUCAGAGCUGUCCUCCUCACGUCUCAACCGUCCUUUUACCAGAAUCAGACGCAGCUUUAGCACGUCGACGGCCAUUGCUGCCCAGAAGGAGCCGAGCCGGAAGAGUCCUGUCAACAGGUCACGUUCCAACUCCCACCGUCGGCGCUGGAGCACCCUGAGUGGCGGCUGGGGUCCGGGAACAGGCGGCCCAGGAAGCACCGGAGGAACCACCGCUACCACCACCACCUCCUCUGGCUCGGAGGCGUCCGUGCGUCUCCACCUGGGCAUGCAAGUGCUGCUGAGCAGCGCGAAGGAGAUGGCCCUGAUCCGCUACGUGGGCCAGGCUGACUUCGCCCCAGGCCUGUGGCUGGGCCUGGAGCUGCGCACCGCCAAGGGCAAGAAUGACGGCCAGGUGGGCGGCCGCCGCUAUUUCAUGUGCCGCCCGGGAUACGGUGUGCUGGUGAGGCCCAGCCGUGUCACCUACCGCGGCAUUAACGGCGCCCGGCUCGUGGACGAGAACAGCUGAGGACACUAGGACCCAGGGGGUCGGGUUUGUUUAUUUUGCUCCUUGAAAUGUCCCCCAAAAACGACACUACCUAAUCAGUUAUUAGCAUAUUGUUAUAUACAUUUAAGAAAUGUUUUAUUUUAAGAUUUAUGUUAAGGUGGUGUGGCCAGCCGACAUUUUAACUACACAUCAACUAGUUUGUCCUAUUUCCUGGCUGAUUUACCUUUUUGUUUUACCUGUCUACUCUACCCGUUGACCAUCAAUGGACACUAGAAAACUAUAAAUUACAUUUCGAAUUGAGACUACUAGAGUUGUCAUGCUAUUGAACAUACUGUAGGUAUGAGGCAACAAGCUUUGAUUGUCAUAGCUUGGUUUGGUAGGGUGAAAGAAAAUAAUUUUCAGAAAUAUUUAUACUUUAUAUUCGAUGGAAGAUAUGUAUAAAUCAGAUACAGUAAAUUAAUACUUCCAUUCUUCCCUAAGCUCCCUCACUCUGUACUGUAUGUAGAGAUUUUAACUGUUAUCAAAGCUAACCUGGCCAACAACGCAGCUAAGCACCUUAAUGCAAGACAAUGUCCUGGUACAGAGGUACUAAAAUAUCCCUGGAUUUGAGCACUUUGGAGGGAAUGGAUAAGCCUAUUUGUAAUUAUAAUGCAGGGUUAUCUGGGUUCACUGAUGACUGUCCUAACUGAGAGAGAAUGUGCACUGUGUUUGGCCAACACUGAAUCUGUGAUGGUUCGUAUUCACUUGAAACUGCAGUCACUGCCAACUUGUGCUGAAUUGCUAAUUGACCCUCAGCUCCUGCACCCUAGGCACUGCUGUGGAUCUGAGAGGAUUGGAUAGGUGGAAGCAAUAUGGUAAUAGCUUCACCUUGCCUUCUGAUUGGCUGGGUAGAAAUAUUGCUUAUACCUAUCAAUCUCUUUCAGAUCUACAGGAGUGCAUAAGGGAUAUAGGCUAGGGGUUGAUUUGGAAUUCAGCCAUUAAUGCUAUGGCACCACUUGAGCACUGGUAUAGUGCCGUCAAGUGAUGCCAAUUUAUGCUAACAUGAUCCUACACUGAAGUGACACUUCUAGGCCUAUUGAUGUAUGCUAGCUACUUUUGGUCAGAUUGGACACCCAACUGGCUGUGUGACAUAAGAUUUGUCUAAAGAUCAUUUACAUCAGCACACAUGCUAACGACAUCUAUUAUGUCGUCCUUAUGACAAAAUGCUUUGAAAGCUGGUUUACGUGAAGCGCAUUCCAAAAUUCUAUACAGAUAACGUUUACAGUCUUGGCAAGUCAGCAGGCAACAAGCUAUUGAUUGUAUCUGUGGAGAAAAAAAAGAGAGACUUUAACAAAACGUCCAUGUUCCACCCAAUUAAAAAGGUAGAGCGCAACAGUAGCCCAUAUGCUGAAUGCGAUGUACCAUUAAUCGAUCUGGUUGGGCCCCAUGCAAUUGAAACGCGUUGGUAGGACAAAUCAUGAUUGCCUGAGAUAUUCGCCUGAGGUUUGGAGAUGAAAGAAGCUAGGUGGUAUGAAUGCUAAUUCAACUGCUCUUAUCCGCAGUCAGUUCUGUUAUUUCUGUAACAGUCAUUGUCGUAACAGUCAGGUCUGUUACGGUCAUUGUUGUGACAUUUCUGUAAGAGUCAUUCCCUUAACAGUCAUUAAUGUAACAGUCAUCGCCUUAUCAGUCACUUCUGUAACAGUGUUACUUAGUACUGUUGGGUUCUAUAAUGUCUUCAUGGAUGAUACAUUAUCGGAAAUCCCGAGUUAAAAUGCACUUGAAAGUCAUUGGUUGCAGUCUGUGUGUGGGCAGCAAACGGUUUUGGAUUUAUUUCUGGUCAUGUCCCAUGUGUACAUUUGGAAUAAUUUGUGUUUGUAGUGAAAGGGUUUCACUGUGAAAUAGUGGCACGUAGUGUAAAAAUUGUAUUUGUAAAAUUAAUAAAGAUUAUAUUCUAAUUUCA